GUUGCGACGUGCCUUCACGUGCAGGUGACCUUCCCUCUGUGUGUGUGUGUGUGUGUGUGUGUGUGUGUGUGUGUGUGUGUGUGUGUGUGUGUGUGUGUGUGUGUCAUUGGAAGUUUGGUGUGGAGCGCGCACGCACGCGCAAAACCAGGUCCCGAAAUCCGAACUAGAACACACGCAGGCUUCAGAUCGCGGAGUGACGGACUAACAGCGACCGGGACCGGGUUCCUCAGUGUACCAGAGCGAGCUGUGGAACCGAACCGCUCGGUGUGGGGGUGUGUAGAGGACGCACAACUCCCACGAUGUACACGAUCACCCGAGGCCCGAGCAAACUGGUCACACAGCGCCGGACAGGUCCCACGCAGCAGGCCGUCGAGAGUAAAAGCACCGACCCCAAACACAGACGCACCCACUGGUUAGAUCCCAGCUCGCCCGCCCCGAAAAUCGUCUUCCAGCGGCUAAACGCGAAGCGCCUCCUCAGAUCCACCUCGCCCAAAGAGGAGAACGCAGCCGAAGGGUUCACGCCGGCGCACGAGGAGAACGUCCACUUCGUCUACGAAGCGUGGCAGGAGGUGGAGCAGAAGCUGGGUGACGGCGAGCAGCCGGAGAACGCUAAACGUCCAGUGCAGUACGCCGAGAGGAAUCCCAGCCCCGGCAUGAAGAACUUUGUGCCGAUCGACCUGGAGGAGUGGUGGGCGCAGCGCUUCCUGGCCACCGUGGUGAACCCGUCGUGACGUCCGCGGCGCACGGAGGGGCGGUCCGCGGCGGCGGGGGACGACCGGGACGGGUGCGAAAUCGAGUGGAAGGAGACUCGGGCCGAGUCGGGACCGCACCGCAACCACCGAACCGUUCUGCGGCGCCGAAUAACGAGACGCGUUCGAUGUGCGUUUGUGGUUUAUUAGUUUGGUUUGCUGGCUUGUGUUUGAUUAAAAAAAUGUGUUAAAAAAAUCAAAAAAAAAAAAACAAUAAAUGUGUUUUCAGAA